UUCCUGCACGGCCGAGGCCAGAAGGAGCUGAGCGUGCAGAUGGUGCAGACGAUGAAGAUCGGCUUGAAGGACCAAAACAAGGGGCUCUUCUCCAUCUGGCAAGAGAUCUUCCAGCUCCCAAAGGCCCAAAGGCACAGGAUAGGAACGGACCCCGCUUUGCCACCCCAGCUCCUGGUGGGCGACGACGACCUCUCACACCUUGGGGGGAUCACUGGCUUCAACGCGUCCUCCCAGCGCUUCCACCACAUCCUGCACCUUGCUGUCUCCUCGGGGGAGCAGGAGAAGCUGGCCCAGGGUCUCUAUGAGAAUUUCCUGAACAUGAAGCUGCGGGACUCCAGUUUCAGCUCGGUGUGCUUGGCCCUGGAGUGGUUGGGCUUCUCCGACCUGCUGAGCCGGGCUGUCCUGCACGGGCAGAGCUUCCAGCUGAUGCGAUACCUGCCCUUCCUGCCCGUGGCUUUCCACCUGCUCUUUGCGGCCACCAGCAUCCCCCGGCUCGCUUAUCCCAGCAGCCAGCACGAGGCCCUGGCCAAGCUGAACUACACGCAGAACCUUGUCGUGUCCAUGGUGUCAGGGAUAACGCCCAGCGCCCGCAGCCGCGCCGGGCAGCAGUCUCUCGUCCUGGAGGUUCUCUGUCUGCUGCUGGACAUCAUCGCCCCGAAGCUUCGACCGGUGAACACCCAGCUCUACAGCCUGAAGGAGAAGCAGCAGCUGGCAAACCUCAUCAGCACCAUGCUGGCCUACACCUUCCACCAGGAGCGCCUGCCCGAGGGCCAGUACGUCUACAAGCUCGACCCGUAAGUCCUGAGGGUGAGGAGAAUACCUGACCCCAGCUCAGAGCAACGCUACUACCAGGCCAAGCAGCUCAUCGCCAGGGAGAUCGAGCUGGAGAAGAUGAGGAGGACGGAAGCUUUGCUGCAAGCGCGAAACCUGGGCGAGGAGCCCAGGAAUGGCCUCAGUGAGGAGGGAGAGCGAGCGGCCGCGGCGCCAGCAGGCCCCCCCAACCACCGGCAGCGCCUGGAGCACAUCGUCCGGAGGGUGGCAGUGGAGGAAAAGCCUGAGACCGAUUUCUUCGGGCGGCCGAUUCAGCGGCAGGAGCCGCCGGGGGGCCCCACCCCCACUCUUCUCACCCCCACAGCCCCUCAAGCCUCCGUGGAGAGCCAGAUGGGAAAGGCUGUGGGGAAGAGCGACGUGUGGUUUCGCUUUAACGAAGGCGUUUCCAACGCCGUGAGGAGGAACAUCUACAUCAAGGACCUGCUCUAG